CAAAUGAGGUGGGAGAAACAGGAGACCCGGGCAGUUCAAGCCGGGCAGUCUGCCCGAUGAUAUCGGUUCCUUGGUCUCCUUUGUUAAUAUCCUUCUCGAUAACAUAUUUUUCGCCGCUACUUUGUGAACACUCGUAUUAUGUGAUUUUAUUUUUAUUUUUGUUUCAUUUUUUUAAAAUAUAAAUUUGUGAUUUUUAUUGAUCUAGACUUUGCAGUAUUUGCUUUCUGUUUAUUAUUUUUAAUUGGAUUUUUCGGCGGCGACGUAACAGACUGGACGUGAGAAGAAAACCGAGAGGAGAAUAAAAGAAGCUGGUUAAAAUAUUACGUAAGACACGGAAGUGAUGCUUACGAGGACCCAGCUCACGCGGUCACAUUUAGGAGCACCAGACGUGACCCAAAAUCCUGAGCAGGAAAAUCACCAAAGUACGGCAUUAGGACUGUGUCGUUAGGUCACAAGGAGUCCGGAUAUAAAAGUGAAAAAAAAAGAAAGGAUAAAAUAAAAAAAACAGUAAGCAGCCGAGAAUAAAUUGUUGGAGCAGGAGCAGUAUCUAGCUCGCCGGCAUUUAUGAUCGUCUUCGGGCUUCAACGGGACGUCAGAGCGUCGUCCUGGUGGCCGCUUUUUAUUGAUACGUCUUGAGGUUUUUUCUUAACCGCCACCCGGCAUUAGCUCCCGUCGAACUAGACACCCAAAUUCAAUACUUUGAGGCUUUACUUUACUUUAAAUUUCAUUCCGUGUCAGUUUUGAAGAUAAUUCGUGGGACUUUACUUCCAAAUUCAAAAUGUUGCCGACAAACGUUAUGUCUUUUAUGAAGAAGAUGGUGACGACGCAGCCGGAAUCAAAUGUAGAAACAGUGACACCCGAAGACACUGGAACAACUUUCAGCAAACUAAGACAGUUGAUGACGGUAACGGGUAAUGUGGCAAAAGGUACGCCGGCUAAAAUUACACCCGUAGAAGAUCUAGUACCAAAAGAAGGAGCACCAAUUAUCGAGCCAAUAAAACCAAAAUCAGAACCAGGACGACCAGCAAGCAGAACGGGAAACUCUUGCAGAGUUUGCCUCAAGGCCUUCAAACCCGAUGAUUUCUCACGUACCUGUUAUGAAUGUCACCUCAAGGUUUGCGAUGAUUGCGCCUCUUAUUCAGAAACAAAAGACUUAGAUGAUCCAUCAACGUGGCGGUGUAGCAUUUGUCGGCGUAAAAUAGCGUCACGUGGACAACCAAUUGUAACCCAAGAAUCAACAGACUCAUUACUAGAAGUGCCAGUACUCGAAGCAUUACAAAGACGACACAGCGAUGCAAGGCUAAGUUGUCAAAGCGGCGGUCCAGCGGCAACUCUUGGCAGUGGUUUGGCGCCACCGCGGAGCCCGGAGCUGAGAAGACACUCAGAUGUGUCCCCCGCGAGCCUCAAAGAGCUCGAAAAGUUUCGAAAGGUUGCAGGAGAACGCCGCGAGGAGCUCAGAUGGGAGCGUGAGCUCGAGUGGAGAAGUAAAUCCCGCAGUGGGUCACCUGAAAGGCAUUCCAAUGAUCGUGGGCGACCUACUAGUCCAUCGAGAACUGCUAAAACUCCUUCUAUUGAGCAAGAGGGAGACAUUGGGGAGGAUGAAGAUGAAAGACGAAGACGCGCGGUCCGCAGAAGUGGCGGUACAGUUAGACGAAAAUCCCGGGUAACAAGACAGCACUCGUACGACGAUGAAAUUAAAUCAGGCGGAACCCUGGGCAGCGCUGGAGGAGGAGGAGGAGGAGGAGGAGGUGGGGGAGGAGGCGGCGGGGGUGGUCAAACGGGCCAUAAUGAACCCGGGCUGGGUCUUCCGGUCCAGUUGCCACGUAGAGCGUCGGCUUACGAUGUGUACGCGACACCCGGAAGCGGAGGCCUCAACGCCAUGGCAAUCGCCGCUGCUCAGCAGCGAGCCUCUAUUUCUGCACAAGGUGCUCGAGAACCCGAUGAACGACCGCUAGGGAGAAGACAGUCAUUCCGCGUCGUAAAACCGAUGCCGUAUGAAAUGAAUAAUGACGAAGAGAAAAUAAUAAAUUUGGACAACACUAAUGCAUCAGAUUCCCAAGUCCUGCAGCCAGAUGAACAGCCGAGACCUAUGAGACGAAGAGCUUCUAUGCUGCCUGACAUAAACAUGAUAAGAUCACUUCCAUCAGUCCCGGGUUCAGUGAAAGGAAACCCAGCAUCAGUAGCUCGAGUCGCCGCGCAGGAUGACCGAGAACUACCGCGACAAGGGAGUUUAGCGGACGGAGAAGGCAUAAAAAUCGUGAUCCACGACGUCGACAGUGAUCUCGCUCCCAGGAUGAAUACAAAACGCAGGAUUGUUCUCAGAAGGGAUCCGCUUCUCAUGGACAAAGGACACAGAUCUCGAGGGUUCGGUAUGCGUGUUAUCGGAGGUAAAAAUGCCAGUGACGGGCGUUUGUAUGCCUCAAUAGUGUGGACGGUACCUGGGGGACCAGCAGACAAGGCAGGUCUUCAGACAGGUGACAAGGUACUCGAAUGGUCAGGAGUGUCUCUCAUCGAUCGAAACUUCGAGGAUGUGGCACAGAUAAUUGAACGCUCGAGUGAUGUUGCUGAACUUGUUGUUGAGCAUGUAGGAGAUAUGGGCAUCGAUUCGCUGGACGAGCCCGGUAUGCCGCCGCCAUCAUCUAAAACAUCUGGAAACUUAGGUCUUCAGUUAGACUCGGAAACGGAUAAAACGCCUUCGUCACCGACCCGCAGGAAACUGCCAAAGACGCCGGAAAAAAUACCAAAAGAUCGACCAGUAAGUGGUCGUGUACAGAUUCACGUGUGGUACGAAACAGACAGGAAAGAGCUGGUAGUGUCAGUUUUGGCAGCUGAUGAGCUUUGUGUUCGAGACGAUGGUACGCCACCGGAAGCUGUCGCCAAACUCGUUCUCAUUCCAGCCUGCGUCGAUCAGAGCUCUCUGCAAACAGACGUCGCUGGUCCGACGCAAAAUCCUAUUUGGAACGCAAAUCUGACGUUUACCGGGAUCGCUGGUGAGAAGCUAAUGGACAAAACGAUCGAUGUUACCCUCUGGGACUGCCAUCCUGAUGGUGAUAAUAUUUUCCUCGGGGAGUGUUCUGUUGAGUUGCAGAACGCUUUUGAGGCUGAUCGGGAAGCUUGGUAUCGAUUGGAAGACCCUCGGGGAAUCCGCUCAGGGAAAUCUCCUUACGCUUCACCGCGUGGCUCGCUGUCAAUGGAAGUAGCGUUAGCGCAGAGGUUACUUAGACGAGAGAUUCGAGAGCGAAGUUACAGCGAAGACACUCAAAGCGAUAGUGGGAGUCCGGAGCCUUAUUUCCUGCACCCAGACCACGCUUGGCAGGCAAACUCUCGACGCGGUUCCUCACAAUCUGAACAAUUAGAAGUUGAGACUUAUGAACUUAGCAAGGAUUACAGCAGAUCGCUUCCCGGAAGCAGAAGGAGCAGCUUUCAAAGUCAAGGCGGUACUGAUAGCAAACGUGGAAGCAUAGUCGACACUGAAAUGCCAAGUGGUUAUUACAACCGCGACCGGCGACGCAGCUCCGUAGCAAGGUCAGCCCGUGAUCCAGAAGAAGUGUUGCGAUCCUUGAAAAAAGCUGCUGCCAAGGGCGAGCUCGGCAGAACAAUGAGUCUAUCCAGUGACAAAAGACGCGGAAGCCGGCGAGACGAGCGCAAAGACAGCAUUGGAGGAGUACGUGGCGAAAAACGUGACAGCAUAGGACAAACAAUGAUGGCAUUUUCCGAGCGAUUUUACGACAGAAAUAGUGAGUCUGAUGAAGACGAUAAGUGGAGUCAACUGAGAGAUGAAAACGGUGUGGAUGUAAAAUUGGGUCCCGGACAAGUAGCACCUCGAGGAUUCAAAUUUAUCGGAGGUACACACAGCGGCGAAGUUAAGCUGGCCUUGUUCCUGAGCAAAGGCACUCUCGAGGUCGAGGUGAUCUGCGCGCGAGAUAUAUGCCCAGGAGAAAAAGAAGAACCGGACACAUAUGUCAAGACGUAUCUCCGGGACGGCGAUCGCUGGAUCCACAAAAGGAAGACCCGCGUAAUACGUCACUCGCGAAACCCGCAGUAUCGACAGACACUGAAGUACGGUAGCUGCGACGCACUGGGACGUAAUCUCCUGGUGAUGCUGUGGGAGAAGAAGCAGGGCUUCGAGAGCAACCAGGGCCUGGGUGGCGCAGAAGUCGACCUCGAGCUUCUGCCUUUGACGACCCUCACUGUUGGCUGGUACCCUAUUUUCCCAAUCCACACCCUCGGCACUCAGACCGCUGACUCCCCAUGAUGGUUAAGGGAAAAAUGGGCUUUGGAAGCCGGCGAACUCGAUCUCCGACUAAGCUUGCUAGUCAAAGAGGAGACCGAGUCCGUCGUCAAAAUUAUCUCGUGAUAGAUACGACUCAAUCUUUUUAUAUUUCGUUACUUUAUUUUAUUAACUAAAAAUCAAGUUGUGACAAUCAAUACCAAUUAUUCUUUUUUUUUUUAACUAUUAAUCAUUUCAUAUUAAUCAUAUCACCCAAAGGAAAUUUUUAAAAAAUUAUAAUACACACUUCUAAGGU